ACUUGCAAAUCUCACGUCACCUAAACCACUUGGCAUCAUUGGUGGAAUGGGUUAUUUGUCACUUUUUGCGGUAUGCCGGUGUCCCUUAUUUUAUUUUUCAUUUAACGACAUAUCGUUGAGGUGUUGUGUAUUUAUUUUUAUGUUGUUACAUCAAAAUGGUUACUAUUUAUACAAAUGAAAAUAAUCCAGCAACCUUAAAGUUAAUUAUAGCUAAAAAUUUAACGAAACAAAUAGUUGAUAUAAAAUUGGUAAACGUUAAUGACAAAGCUAUUCCGGAACCGAAACAUCUACCUUGUGUGGAAAUAGAUCAUCAAAAUGUUCUUUUUUCUCCUAAUAGUGCAAUAUGUUAUUUCCUUCAAACUAAUGACAGCAGUUUUGAGGAAGUUUCAAAUUUAUUAGAAUGGGAGGCUAGCUCACUAUCUCCUCAUUUGGCCAAUUUGCUGGGUGGUACUACCAAAAAUGAAAAAUUAAAAUUGUCAUUGGUAUCAGAUUUAAAUUUCAUAAACGAAUAUCUGCAGAACAAAAAUUUCUUAGUAGGGAACUCAGUUACAGCUGCAGAUAUUGCAAUUUGGUGCAGUUUAUAUCCUCUUAAUGCCUGUGUUAAAAGCUCUAAAGAGUAUCUAUCACCAUUACCAAAUCUCUCAAAAUGGAUUGAAUCAUUAUCAAAUCUUCCCGAAUUUAAGGACGCAGUAUCUAGUUUUAAAUUAGAUAUUUCUUCAUCUUACAAUGCUUUGCUUCUUGGUGCUAAAUAUCUCUCAAUAACAGUUGAUGAGAAAGCAAAUAAAGGAGCUUCUAAACAAGAAAAUGAGCCUCAAUCUGAAAAAGUAUCACAGAAAGAAUUAGAAGCUGUACGAAAAUCUUGGCAGAAACACAUUUCAGAGUUUCCUAAAUUGAAAACUACUGAAGGUCCAGUCCUUCCAGUGCCAGGAGAGAAAAACGUAUUCGUUACUUCAGCUUUACCUUACGUUAAUAAUGUGCCUCAUUUGGGCAAUAUUAUUGGUUGUGUUUUAUCUGCAGAUGUUUUUGCUCGUUAUUCAAGAAUUUGUAACAAUAAUACAAUAUACAUUUCCGGUACUGAUGAAUAUGGAACGGCAACAGAAACAAAAGCUUUGGAAGAAGGACUCUCUUGUCAGGAAAUUUGUGAUAAAUAUUAUAAAAUUCACAAGGAAAUAUAUGAUUGGUUUAAUAUAAAAUUUGACAAAUUCGGUAGAAGUUCACAUCCACAACAAACUCAAGUUUGUCAGGACAUGUUUCUCACUCUCAAUAGCAACGGAUUCAUGUUUACGGAAUCUAUCGAACAAUUACAUUGCGAGAAAUGUAAAAAAUUUUUGGCUGAUAGAUUUGUGGAAGGAGGAUGUCCGAAUAUUGGAUGUGAUUAUCCAGAUGCAAGAGGUGAUCAAUGUGAUGGUUGUUCAAAAUUGGUCAAUUCAGUCGAAUUGAAGAACCCUCGGUGUAAAAUAUGUGGAAAUACACCAAUAAUUAAAUCAUCAAAUCAAUUCUUCAUUGAUUUACCAAAGUUAGAACCACUUAUUUAUCACUGGUUAAAAUUAAGAAGCUCAGGUUGGUCAAACAAUGCUGAAGUAAUAGCAAAAUCUUGGUUAAAAGAAGGACUUAAACCGAGAUGUAUAACUCGUGAUCUGAAAUGGGGCGUACCUGUUCCUUUAGAAGAAUUUAAAGACAAGGUGUUUUAUGUAUGGUUUGAUGCAGUUUUAGGAUACAUAUCUAUCAGCAAAUCAUACACUGAAGAUUUUGAAAAAUGGUGGAAACCAGCUAAAGACACAACUAUCAAACUAUAUCAAUAUAUGGCUAAAGAUAAUGUACCGUUCCAUGCUAUACUGUUUCCUGCUAUGUUGUUAGGUGCUAAUCAGGGAUAUAUCACUGUGAAUCAUCUUAUGGCUACAGAGUACUUAAAUUACGAAGAUGGUAAAUUUUCAAAAUCUAGAGGAGUGGGUGUAUUUGGAACUGAUGCCCGAGAUACUGGAAUUCCAAGUGAUGUAUGGAGAUUUUAUUUGCUUUAUGUUAGACCAGAAUCACAAGAUUCCAGCUUCAGUUGGAAUGAUCUUGUAACCAAAAACAAUUCAGAACUGUUGAAUAAUUUGGGAAAUUUUGUUAACAGGGCAUUGGUGUUUGCAAAAAACAAUUUCAACAGUAAGAUACCCGAGAUGAAACUAACGGAUGACGAUUACAACCUACUUGCGUUAUGUACUAGAGAAUAUAAAGGGUAUAUUGAGUCACUCGAAAAAUCGAAAUUUAGGGAUGGGAUAAGACAUAUUUUGUCGAUAUCACGUCUUGGAAAUCAAUACAUGCAAACAAAUCAACCUUGGGUGUUACUAAAGGGAAUGGAAGACGAAAAAUUGCGUGCUGGUACGGUUAUAGGAGUUUGUUGUAAUUUAUCUUGUCUAAUAGCUACGUUGCUUCAUCCCUACAUGCCCGAUACCAGCGACAAUUUGAAAAAACAGUUAAAUACCGAAACUGUCGUAUUGAAUCCUGAUGCACCAGAAAUUGUUACAUUGCUUUCACCCGGUCACCAGCUUGGAGAACCAACAGUGCUAUUCGCUAAAAUUGAACAUGCAAGAGCGGAGGAACUAAAGAAGAAAUUUGCUGGGAAACAACAGCCUUCUGAAACUUCAGCAGGAAAAUUAGUUGGUGUAGAAGUCCUUCAAAAAGAAAUUACAAAACAGGGUGAUAAAGUAAGACUUUUGAAAUCUAGCGGUGCAGAAAAAAGUGUAUGGGAACCAGAAGUUAAAAUCUUAUUGAAUUUAAAGAAACGGUUAGAAGAGGCACAAAAGGGUGUCACUGCAGCUCCUCAAAAUAAUAAAGUGGAUCCAAAUGAGGUGAAAAGACUUGAAGAAGAGGUAGCUAAACAGGGAGAUGUUGUGAGGAAAUUAAAGGAAAGUGGAGUGGAGAAAUCUGUUUGGCAACCUGAAGUUAAUAAAUUGUUAUCUUUGAAAAAUGAUUUGGCUAAAGCGUCUGGUACGCCACUGGCUGCUACCCAAAAAAAUAAAAAAAAUAAAAAAUAAAACCAUAUUUAUUUUUUCGUGUAAUGUUGGGAGUAUGUUUAGUUUUUGCUUUAUUUCUAUUUUUAAAUUUUUAUGAAAAAUAUAAUACAUUAUUGGGCAAACAUAUCUGCUUUCAUAUAUCAUUGGGUUUUGUUUGUGAUACAGUUUUUUAAGUUUUAAAAUUAUUAUAAACCAAUCUUUAUUUAUUUCGACAAUUUUAGUUAAAUAAAAAAUAAAAAUUGCAAAUAAA